AUGAGUGGCGGCGAUGGCGCUGGAGACGGCAAGCCGGUCUCCGCCGACACCAAUGAGGGCGUGGAGGACAUGUUUCGGACGGUCGAGGGCCAGGAAGCGAGGGAUUCCGCAGACGAGCCCGAGGUCGAUGGCGAUAUCAGUCUCGCGGCGCGCGCGGACGACAUGCAGGAGACGCAGGUGAAUGGCGGCGGUGGAACGGCCUCUUUGCCCGAGGCCGAGUCCCACAGCGCUGCCGUGCCGACGCGGCACAUCAGCCAGCGCGAGCAGGACAUCUGCGACCUCAUACGCAACUUCGCAGUUCUGCUGGGCAGCGGCGACGGGCGCGCGAUCUCGAGCCCUUCGCCAUGGCCGCCGAGGCCGAACGAAGAUAUGUGCCAGGAGCGGGAGGAGAUUGUAGGCGGGGUGGAGCCUGCCUCCUCCCUCCCCGAGGGCGAGUCGAAGAGCGACGUGGUCGACGAGAUGCCGCAGGAUAUGGCGCCGCCCGUGGCUCCUGGCGCCCAGCAGCGAGGCCUCCGGGUGCUUCUGGACGCGCUGAACAUGCGGGUUUUCUUUCGUUCUCCCUUCGGAGCCACCUCAGCUCGCUCUCUUGGAAGCUUGGGCGUGGAGCGUGCCCUGUAG